AUGACACACUCACACAUCAUGACAAAAGAACCAAGUCCCCAAUGCCAACGCUGUGGAGAAAUAUUAACAAUUAAACACAUUCUUAUAGAAUGUAAUAACUACAAUCCUGAAAGACGAAAGACGAAGCUUCCGAACAACAUGAAAAGCUGUUUAGACGACCACUCCGGAUGCCUGAAGACUCUUCAAUUCAUCAAAAUCAUCAAACUAUUUAAAGAAAUAUAA